AUGAAUACAGAUGCUAUAGACGCGGACGCUGUCUUAAAAAUGACGGUAGUGACCUUGAAGGAAAAAUUAAGAAGCUUGGGGUUAGGAAUAGUCGGACGUAAACAUGAACUUAGGGAAAGACUGCUCCGACAUUUAGGCCUGAUCGACGAUGGUGACGACGACGACGAUGACGAUGAUGGUUUCCAGUCAAAUAAAUCCGCAAUUGAAUCUCCAGCUAGAUCAUCAGCUACACUUGUACGCACCGCACAUUUUACCUUUAAAGAUAUUCAGGAAAGCCUUUCAACCUUUGAUGGCAAUGACACGUCCGAUGUAGAGAAGUGGAUUGAGCAGAUCGAAGAGAAUGCAGAAAUUGUAAAUUGGAACGAGGUUCACAAAUUUAUAUAUGCGAAACAAUUACUACGUGGUGCCGCUAAACUUUUUGUAAGUAGUCAAACUGGGUUGCGUAACUGGAAUUCCCUGACAUCUGCUCUAAUCAAGGAGUUUGGUAACAAGUUAUCGGCGGCUGACGUUCAUAAAGUACUGGGCAAAAGAUUUAAGAAGCCAGGGGAAUCAUACCGUGAAUAUUUAUAUGCGUUGAUGGAGAUAGGCAAAUCUGUACGCUUGGAUGAAGGAAGUUUAUUAGAAUAUUUUGUAGACGGCAUUCCCGGUUCUAAAUUCAGUAAGGCUACACUGUACCAGGCGAAAACCAUAAUCGAGCUUAAAGAACAAAUAGUCACUUACGAAAAGAUAACACGGGACUCGAGGGAUAAUCAUAAGAAAGUUGAAAUACAUAAUAGGGCCAAACAAGAAAACAUUAAUUCUUCGCUGCCAGCAAGAGUCGAAAAGAGGUGCUUUAAAUGUGGCGAAUUUUCGCAUGUAGCGAAAGAGUGCAAGCACAAACAAUUCAAGUGUUUUAAGUGCCAACAAAUGGGGCAUAGGUCGUUCGAAUGCAAGGCGCAGCAAGGCGCCAGUACAAAGCGUGAACAGGGUCACGUAAAUUCAAUCGGUGAAGUCUCUAAAGCUAAUUUGAAACUUAAACAAAUAAAAAUUUGCAAUGUCGACGCAUGGGCUCUAAUCGAUACGGGCUGUAGUUUGUGUCUGAUGAGAUGUGACACAUUUAGCAAGCUGGACAAAUCCAUAAAGUUAACUCCGGAACAACGGCAGUUGUUUGGUAUCGGUGCAGCUAAAAUAUCAACGAUGGGUAGUUUUGAGGCCAUGGUAUUGAUCGAUAACAGCCCUGUAAACUUGACAUUCCACGUCGUAGAAACAGGUGACAUUAGCUACGAGGUGAUCCUUGGUAAUUCAAUUUUAAAACAUUUCGACAUGAUGGUUCGCGACGAUGGUGUUGAAUUCAAGAGAAGAGUGAUUACACAGAGUAGUUAUAAAUCGGAUGGGGCAAAAAAUGACGUAUCAAAGGACGAUGAUCCGAUGACAAACAUUUUCUUAAAUAAAUGCUUUAACAUUGAUUUUAAGGAAACAGAUUAUGAUCUAAGUCAUCUUAAGAACCAGUUAGCAAGCACGGUAAGACAGAUGAUUGAACAAUAUGAACCGAAGAAAGACGAUAACCCACUAGUGAAUAUGAAAAUCGUUCUCACCGACGAAGUUCCUGUUUACCAACCACCACGAAGGGUGUCAUAUGAAGAGCAAAAAGUGAUAGAAAAACAAGUCGAACAGUGGUUAGACGAAGGCAUAAUACGCCCAAGCUGUUCAAGUUACGCAUCACCUGUGGUGCUCGUGUCAAAGAAGAAUGGUACAAAACGACUUUGCUGCGAUUACCGUAAACUCAAUUCGAAGAUCAUACGGGAUAAUUUUCCCAUGACCCUAAUUGAUGACGCGCUAGAGAAGCUUAGAGAAGCGAACGUAUACACAACUUUGGAUCUGGCCAAAGGCUUCUUCCACGUACCGGUGGAUGCGAAUUCGCGCAAAUACACGGCAUUUGUUACACACAGUGGCCAGUAUGAAUUUCAGUAUGUGCCUUUUGGAUGUGACAUGAGGAUAUCAGAAUCGGCACCACUAACCGAAAUCAUCGAAAACGAAGCAAUUGAGUCGUUCGAAUCCGAUCGCAAUGAAGCUCCACAAUUAGCAAAACAGAACAUUUCAGCGAUUCAGGAGGAGAAUCGGCGUAGCUAUAAUCGUAAACGCCAUUGGGCCAUAUAA